AAAAGCCCACCAAAUUCAACAACCGCCCUUCUCUCACACACUCUCUCUCUGUUCACUUCGUUGUGGUGAGAUACGGUGAAUGAUGGCUUCCUCCUCUCUCUCAACGAAGCCAUUUCUCGGCGCCUCCCGAACCGAUGCCUUCUCUGGACUCCGUUACCUCCCCUCACAUCUUUUUCGUUCAUCCCUACAUAUUUCCAUCCCUAGCACUACUCCCAAGAAGCUCCAGAUCCAGGCUGUUGGGAGUACGCAUGGGAAUUAUUUUCGGGUAACAACUUUUGGAGAAUCUCAUGGGGGUGGCGUUGGUUGUGUCAUUGAUGGAUGCCCUCCUCGACUCCGCCUCUCCGAAGCUGAUAUGCAAUUCGAACUUGACAGAAGGAGGCCAGGUCAGAGUCGAAUUACCACACCAAGGAAGGAGACUGAUACGUGCCAAAUACUUUCGGGCGUUUCCGAAGGAGUGACUACUGGAACACCAAUUACUGUACUUGUACCCGAUACUGAUCAAAGAGGACAUGAUUAUAGCGAAAUGUCAAUAGCCUAUAGGCCUUCUCAUGCAGAUGCGAUUCAUGACACGAAGUAUGGUGUCAGGGCAGUGCAGGGUGGUGGUAGAUCUUCAGCAAGAGAAACUAUUGGGAGAGUUGCUGCUGGGGCUGUUGCCAAGAAAAUCCUAAAGAGCCUUGCUGGAACUGAGAUUCUUGCUUAUGUCUCUCAAGUUCAUAAGGUUGUACUUCCAGAGGAUGUAAUUGAUCAUGACACCCUGACACUUGAUCAGAUCGAGAGUAAUAUUGUUAGAUGCCCAGAUCCGGAAUACGCUGACAAGAUGAUUGAUGCUAUAGAUGCUGUCCGUGUGAGGGAUUCUAUUGGUGGUGUUGUCACUUGCAUUGUGAGGAGUUGCCCGCGUGGCCUUGGUUCUCCAGUUUUUGACAAACUUGAAGCUCAGCUUGCUAAAGCUGUUAUGUCAUUACCUGCAACAAAGGGCUUUGAAAUUGGCAGUGGCUUUGCAGGAACCUUUUUAACUGGGAGCGAACUUAAUGAUGAGUUCUUCACUGACGAACAUGGAAGAAUCCGGACAAGAACAAACCGCUCUGGUGGGAUUCAGGUAGGAAUAUCUAAUGGGGAAAUCAUAAGCAUGAGAAUAGCUUUUAAGCCGACAGCUACCAUUGGAAAGAAGCAGCAUACAGUGGCUAGAGACAAAAAAGAGAUGGAACUAAUAGCUCGUGGUCGUCAUGAUCCUUGUGUUGUCCCACGAGCUGUGCCGAUGGUAGAAGCCAUGGUAGCUCUGGUGCUUCUGGAUCAAUUGAUGGCACAGCAUGGUCAGUGCAAUCUGUUUCCAAUCAAUCCAAAUCUACAAGAACCCAUGUUUUUGCCGGUGCUGGAACCAAACAAAGUACCCUUGUAAUAGAUGCUAAAGCAGCUGUAGCAUUUUAGUUACUGUCCACUCGGUGUAAUUUGUCAGCGGAAACAUUCCUACCAUUGUAGAGAGAUUUGCAUGUCUCUGAGUACGCUAGUUCAGUUUUUUUUUUUUCGUUUAUUUUCCUUCUUUCUUGGCACAUGCAUGGAGGCGGCGGGGCUUGUAUUCGUGUUGUAUGAAUUGUUCGUAUCUUCAUUGCUUUGUUGUCUACAAACACUAUCUUAUAUCUUGUAGAAAUAAUGUAAAAUAAUGGAAUUCUGAA